UUUUUAUUUUGUCAAGCUUUCUACGCAUGAGCAAUCUGUCCCCUGCGUUAAAAAAUACGAAUGCGCUUGCGCAUAUUUAAUUUCCUUUUUUUUGUCAUAGAAUAAUAAUUUUUUGUGAAUAUCGAAGCUAAAGCCUGAAUAAAAUCAAAUUAUGAAUUCAAUAAUAUACUUGUUUGGUUCAAAAGGUACCGGGAGUUACAUAAAGAUUUUUCAUGAAGGUGACUUUCACUGGUUGACGUAUGGCGCAUGCCUAAAAUAAGCCAUACCUCAAGAUGGCGGCUGCCAGUGGAACCAUGCUGCUGAGAAAUAUAAUGAUUCGAGCAGUAUUUAGGAGGCCGUUCUGGGUACAGAACACACCCAGUACUUUCCUCCUGCAACCUAAGCAGCUACCUUUCCGGAUUUGCAGCACAGAGGCUGGCCAGGCUGGAUCUGCAGAACUGGCCACGCUUGAGACAGAAUCACGCUUUAAAGAGAAGCCAUGGGAGUAUUUGGAGUCUGAAGAAUACAUAGAGAAGUAUGGCAGCAAGCCUGUCUGGUUUGGCUACAGGCGCAAUCACAAAGGUCAAGUUCCUCCCCAGAAGACUCGAAAGACUUGUAUUAGAGGAAAGAAGGUGUGUGGGAAUCCCUGCCCUAUCUGCAGAGACCAAAACCUCUUCCUGGAUUACAGGAAUGUGAAGCUCCUAGAACAAUUCAUUUGCCCCCACACAGGCGUCACCUAUCACCCAACCCACACAGGGGUCUGUAUGAAGAAGUAUAAGCAGCUGACCGAUGCCAUUCAGCAAGCUCGGGACAAUGGCCUCCUGUUUUUCCAUAUCCCCUUCAUCAGUUUCCAAGGUCAAGAUUACAGUAACCAACACCCUGCUGUUACCACAACCCCUCCGUCCCCAGCUCUGCUCAACAAAGUUGCUUGGUACGACUGGUAUAAUUGGCAGCAGCCCCCUGAGAAGAAGAUUCAGCUGAUGAGGAGGAUUUACAAGGACUACUUGAAGGAGGAAAGUGGCCCUCCCUGAGACUGGCAGGUGGCACUGGAGAGAACUGACCAUUCCUUGGUAGUGGUGGAAGGUCCUUGUAGGCCCUCUGAAGGGGAGGAGGCCUCCUUUGAUUUUGAUUGCUUUUUUUUUUUAAUGCACCUGGUGCUUGCAUUUUCAAUAAAGUCUGAGCCCAUUU